AUGAACAAAACACAAGCAAAUCAACAAGAUUCAGUCAGUCCUACUGUUAAAGCAACACUAAAUUGUAUAUAUGAACGCAUAUGUUCUGAAAUUUGUCGUACGAAAUCAGUGAAACCAUCAACUUCACAUAUAUUCUUCAUCUUUGAUGCAUCUGAUGAUUUAGCUAAAAAGAAGAUUUAUCCAACACUUUCGUGGCUAUAUCGUGAUGGACUUUUACCAGAACGCAUUCGAUUUAUUGGCUAUGCACGUAGUUUAAUAACAAUUGAAAAAAUCUUUGAAAAUGCAUCUAAAUAUAUGAAAAUUCCGGAAGAUGAACGUGAAACAUAUGAAAAAUUUGUCCAUAUAAAUUUCUAUGUUGUUGGUUCAUAUGAUAAUGGAAAAGAUUUCGAAAAUUUAAAUGUUGAAGCUAAUAAAUUAUCAAAACAAGAUAGUGCACAUCGAAUUUUUUAUUUAGCAUUACCACCAAGUAUUUAUGAAAGUGUUACCGAAUUGAUUAGUAAACAUUGCCGACCAAAAUCACCUGAUUGGUUACGUUUAAUUGUUGAAAAACCAUUUAAAGAAAUUUAUCGUAUUGAUCAUUAUUUGGGAAAAGAAAUGGUACAAAAUAUCAUUGUACUUAGAUUUGCAAAUCAAAUUUUAUCAAGAGUUUGGAAUAGAGAUUCUAUUGCAGCAGUUAAUAUUAUUUUUAAAGAAGAUAUUGGAACACAAGGAAGAUGA